AUGGCGGACUGCGAGAAUCAACUGGAGCUGGCCGAGUGCUGCGACACCACCGUUUUGAGCGGCAUUUCGAAGCGCAACCUUCUAGUCGAGUCGUUUUUAGGUACCUGAAAAAGUUAUCGGGCUCUUUCUUCCUUCUAUCUAUCACACAGAAGUUAUUUACUCAAGAAAAAAAAACUUCAAAUGAACAAAAUAAAAAUGAAGUAAGAUUUGAAGUGGAACUCAUGAUGAGCAUAAGAUGACGUCAUGGAACAGCGGUUAGGCAAAAUUUGUUUAUAAAGACCCCUCGAGGCUUUUUAGAUAGCCACAAUUGAAGUUGAUUUUUUUUUUCAAUUUUUAGGUUCUGCAAAACAAGGUAUAUAUAUAGUCUGUGUGCCACGACUUGAAAUUUCACGGUCCGAAAUUCCGUUGUGCCGCUGCGCGUCUUUUCGAACCUUGGUCGCGCCAAUAAUUUUUUUUCUUUUACUCUGAUUUCAUGUGCUCCCACAGUAAUGACAAUCAAUUGAAAGCCUGACUUAGAUUCGAAAGACGCUUCGCGAACGCACGCAGCGGAACAGCGGAAUGUCGUUCCGGGAAAUUUCUAAUCGUGGCACACAGACUAUACAUGAAUUUUUGAAAGUUGUGGAAAUUUCCAGCAAAGGGUUCUUACGCAACUGUUCUCAAGGGCCACAACACGGACACCAACACGCAGGUCGCUUUGAAAAUCGUCGAUUCGAAGUAAAUUAUCAAAAACUAAUGACAAAAAUCUGAUUUCCUUCCAAGGAAGAAAUGCGAGUACACACAGAGGUUUCUGCCUCGCGAAAGGGACAUUUGGCCGCAUUUGUCGCACGUCAACGUCAUUCGACUACACACGGUGAGUUUGAAGCUCGUGGACGCAUUUGGAAUGACUAGACGCGUAACGGUUCAUGUACGCCCGACCCGAAACGACUUGCACUCUGGGACAUCAUAAAUGAUAAAAUUUGUUGGGGCCACCGCGGUUCUUCGAGCCAUUCCAAGUGCGACCACAGUUUUCGAAAUCACUGCGGAAAAUUAAAUUUAUGAAUUUAUUAGCAUCUCUUGAGUUUUUUGUUUGGAAAGGUUGUAAAAAAAGAAAAAUGUUAGUUUCCCCGUGAAAUUUUUUUUUGAAAACCAAUUGUUCCAUACCGGUGCAUUAAAAAAUUGUAACUUCACAAUUUUCUCUCUAGUAUUUUCAAAAAAUAACUUCGAAGUAGUAUUCAUACGAAAGUUUUACAGAUAUUUUUACAUCUCCUUUUUUGUCUCUUUUUUUUCCAACUUUCAAAAUGCAUUUCGUAAUUUUCCUCCAUUUUCUGUGCAGAUGAUUGACCUGGACCCUUAUCUCGUAUUUGUGUGUGAGUACGCUGAAAAUGGAGAUCUACUGAGCAAAAUCAAGCGAGAAAGACGAAUCGCCGAGCCGCAGGCCAAGCGGAUCUUCCUGCAGAUUAUUGAGGCCCUCAAGGUAAAUCAAAAAAAUCCUUUUGAAGAGUUUAAAGGAAAUUUUAUAAUAGUGUUUUGAGAAGAAGAGCCUUUGAGUGGUAUUCAAGAUCAUUCCGUUUUUUAAGCCUCAAAAAGGUUUCGGAACAAAUAAUUUAAAAAAAGCUAUUAUGGAGAUGAAAAUCAACUUUUUGAGUACCUUCACUCGGUGAAAGUCGUCCACCGGGAUCUCAAAUGCGAAAAUGUCUACUUGGACCGGAACGACAAUGUCAAAUUGGGCGAUUUUGGAUUCGCCAGACUUCUGGAGGUUGGAAAAAAGCAUCAAUUUCGAAAUUUCCAAAAUUAAUUUAAACCCCUUAUUAGAAAAACGACAACACGACAACAUUUUGCGGAAGUCGAGCCUACGCAGCGCCGGAGAUCCUGAGCGCCUUGCCCUAUGACGCCUACAUGGUAUGAUCGUCCAGAAACUUGUUUCUCGCAUCAAACAACUUCCAGAGCGACAUCUGGAGCCUCGGCGUCGUGCUUUUCAUCAUGGUAACGGGCUGCAUGCCGUACAACGACACCGACGCCUACAAGAUGCUCAGGAGGCAAAUCGAGCACAAAGUUAGGUGCGAAAGUCUUUUUUUAAAUUAUCAGAACCUGGCCAAAAAAAAUUGUUGUUUUGUUUGAAGCACAUAAAACUUUGAAAAGCUCAAUUUUAAAAAAUUUUCGGAAAGUAAGCUUCAAAGUUUUCCUUGACCGUGCGUGUCUGAAAAAAACCGAUUACUGGGAAUUCCUUGCCCAAAAUUCUGGAGGUUUUGAAGAUAAAAAAACGGUUGCAACUUAUUUAUUCUUUUUCACCUUGUGGAUGAAUUAUUAUUAUUAUUAAAAAAAUAUUUAAACUUCUGAAAAAAACUCAUUUAGUACGUCAGAGAACUUUGGCCGUUUCAAGAAGACUUAAAAGCAAAAAAACUCCAUUACUGCGUUGUACAAAGCCAUUUGGCGACGUUUUCCUAUUCUUUUUUCGAUAUUUCUGACAAAAAAAAAGCAAAAAGUAAAUAAUUCCUAGUAAAUUCGAAUGAUCUGAACAGAACUUUUAUAUUCGCAUAAUUCAGUUGAUUGGAAAGUUUCUCAACUCAAAAAAAUUCCUCCAGGUUCCCCUCAUCGACGCCGAUCUCGAAUGAAGCGAAAAACUUGAUUUACAACAUAAUGGACCCGCGGCCAAACAAUCGGCCCAAUUUGAGGUAUUUUUCUGGAUAAAAAGUUUUUGAACGAGUGAAAAAACAUUAAGGCAAAUCUGCAAGCACAGCUGGCUGAGCGACACAAGCUACGAGAUGAACGUGGGUGUUAUUUCGCGAAUCAAACGAAUGUGAGAAUUAUCGAUUAGUUGAUCGAUUGAACUUGACAAUCUGCGUUUUUGAAGUCCUUCUUAGUUAGAAAAGGCAAGAUUAAGCAUUGAAAAUUGCCUUCAUUCAAUAAGAAUUUAGAAAUCUUCGAAAAUCAAAAAAUCUGAAAUCUCUUCUUUUCUGAUUCCAUUAACCGCAAAAAUAGCCUGAUCAAAUAAUAAUCGAAAAUCUAGUCUCAUCUAGAUUUGCCUGAAAGCAAUUUUUGAAAAUUACCUGCUCAAGCUCAGAAAGUUCAAAAAAUCGAGGCGAAACUUGAUUUUGAAGGUUUCAGGGUGCACAAAUUUCGUAAGAACCCCUAUUCCCUACGACAGCCAAACUCGACGAGAACCACCAAAACUCGAAGCGAACGACAACAAUAA